AUGGCGAAUCGGCAAGGAGAGGAGGAGCCGAGCGGCAACGGGUACGUAAACUCCAAGUACCGCGAGGACACCGAGUACGUGGUGCGCAUCGCCAAGGCCCUGCUGCUACCGAUCGGCAUAUGGCCGCGCUACGGCGACCUCAGCUUCCGCAGCGAUCUCCAGAUCUACGCGCGCGUCUGCCUGAUAUUCUGCCUGAUGCUGUUCCUCCUGGUGCCCCACUUCACCUGGACCUGGUUCAAGGCCGACAACUUGCGCAAACUGAUGAAGAUCAUAGCCGCGCAGGUGUUCAGCUCGCUGGCGGUCCUCAAGUUUUGGGUCCUCGUGAAGAACAAGCGCCAGAUACGCUACUGCCUCGAGGUCAUGGAGCUGGACUACCGGGGCGCCGAGUCGGAGAAGGAGCGCCAACUGAUGCUCAAGAGCGCGAGGAUCGGCCGGUUCUUCACCACGGCUUACCUCGGCCUGUCCUACGGCGGGGCUCUGCCCUACCACGUGGUCAUGCCCCUGAUCGCCGAGCGGGUGCCCAAGACCGGGACCAACGACACCAUGAUACCCCUGCCCUACCCCAGCGAGUACUUGUUCUUCGUCGUCGAGGAACCGCCCCUCUACCAGAUCAUCUGGCUCGUGCAGAUAUUCAUCAGCGCCCUCAUCCUGUCCACCAACACCGGCGUCUACAGCCUCAUCGCUUGCGUGGUCAUGCACUCGUGUUGCCUGUUCGAGGUCACCGGCAGCAGGAUAUCCUCUCUGAUGAACCCGGCCUCCUCGCAGGCGCCUCCUCUCCGCCAGAGGCUCGCCCAAGCCGUCAACUUUCACGUCAAGGCCAUCAAGUACGCGGAAACUAUGGAGAACGCCCUGAACAUCGUGAUGCUCGCCGAGAUGGGUGGCUGCACUUUGAUCAUCUGCUUGCUGGAGUACGGUAUUUUACUGGACAUGGAGGACGGCGAUUACUUCGGCAUGGCCACCUACGGGGUCCUCAUGACCUCUAUAUUCGUCAACGUGUUCAUCAUCUCGUUCAUCGGCGACAAGGUCAAGGAACAGAGCGAGCAAAUCAGUUUGGCCACUUACUGCAUACCGUGGUACGAGUUGCCAAAGGACGUCGUGCUCAACGACAUCAAGUUCAUGAUUGCUCGAGCCAACCAGCCGACCAGACUCACGGCCGGCAAGCUCUUUGACUUGUCCCUACAAGGAUUUUGCGACGUUGCAAAGACAUCGAUGGCUUACUUGAAUUUCCUUCGCACCCUCGAGAUCACCUAAUUCCCCGAGCCUUACUUUCGUGCACAAAAAUAACGUUGUUUGUAGUUGUUGGUGGCUCUGCUGCUCGUUGAAUCGAUACCUCGUGUCUAUUUGUAACUUUUUCAAUUACACUUUACAUGCAAUGUAUCUUAUUAUUUUGUGACUCACAUUGUUUAUUCAUUCGCCCGCAGAAGGCAAAAGUUUGUUUGCUCUUCGGGCUGCUGGUCGAAUAUAAUAAAU